CAAUUUCAACAAACAACACCUUUCAGCAAGUCAUUGCGGCUAUUUCCGACAGCACCAGACAGUAUAUUACCUUAUACCUGAACAUCUUUCAUCUUCUACGCCCCGGACGUGGCUCACGCAAGUACCACAUCGUAGCAAGUGAUCAAGCCACAACUCCAACAUGGCUGAUCCUGCCAUUGCAACUCGAGCACCCGAGUCGGACCUGACAGAACCUUCUGCCAUCUCCAACACAGAUAGCACAGCACAAGUCGGGCCCAGUAUGGGUGAACACUGCACCAGUGAUCGGCCUCCUCCGGACCCAUCACGCCGCCCGUCUGGACAACUGACCAAAUUUGAUGACACUGACGUCUAUAUCUCCAAACCUGCUGAUUAUCCCAACACGCCAGCAAAACUCCUUCUGCUCCUCUCCUCCGGAACCGGAGUUCACAGCGUCAACAACCAGAUCCAAGCCGACAUUUUCGCGCAAGCAGGCUUCGUAGUCAUCAUGCCUGAUCAAUUCGGGGGGGAUCCCGCACCAAAUUCUCGAACUGUGCCUGAUGACACUUCCGAGCAACAGGACAUUGGAAUCUUGGAACGUGUCAAACUCACUGUCGCAGACACGGCAAAGAGUUUCUUAAUGGAUAUGUGGCUGGCCAGACAAACUCCUGAAAAAGUGUUGCCGAUUUUACUCAAGGUCAUUGACACUGCCAAAGACGAGUAUGCGGACGCCGUGGAGCACGGUGGUGGCAUUUAUUCGGUGGGAUAUUGCUUUGGUGGUAAAUAUACCAUUCUCCUAGCUGGCGAGAGAGCUAGCUCCGACCUAUCGGGUCAGUCGGCCGCCGGGAAAGAUGAAGAGCAAGGUGUAGUCAAAAAGGGACCGCUGAUCAAAGCCGGAGUUGCUGCUCAUGCAACAUUGGUCACGAGGGAAGACCUCAAAGACGUCAAGGUGCCGUUGAGUUUAGUUGUGGUUGAAAAUGAUCCCUUGUUUCCAGAUGACGUUCUCGAGGAGGGAAGGAAACAGUUUGCCACGACGAAUCUGGAACAUCAGAUCAAGACUUACCCAGGCGUUCCUCAUGGUUUUGCAGUUUACGGAGACUAUGAUUCCCCCUCCAUCCAGAAAUCUCAAGCAGAAGCAUUCCAGCAGAUUCUCGGCUGGCUAGAGUCUCACUGAGUUGCAGCUGGAUGGACGUGACCAGACCUUUGUAAGACAAAAGAUUGACGAGGAGACCACUGAACGCUGAAUGACAAGUUGCGUCUUACCCGAGUUGAAAAGCUGAGGUGCAUUUCAUUGGUUGAUAUAUGUCGAGGUGCGUCAAACCGGUGAAAGUGGCAGCAUGAAGCGACCUAAAACGAGUUUCUGUACCCAAGCAAAAUGUAGCACGAUACCCAUGUGAAAAAUCACAACGGACUGAAAUGAAAAUGCGCUGUAACAUGACGGAUUCACAGAAUACAGGCACAGUUGUCGAGGAUUGACCAGGGCGGCAGUAUACAGAUCAUGAGAGUUCCCUAGCGGCCGAUCUUCGAAUUUUGAAUGAAUCAAUUGAAAACGGCGCCUGCUUGAUAGACUCGACGUUUUUCGACUGAUG